AUGAGCAUUGAUAAGAAGUUCAAGCGUAUAGCUGAGUACCCGAAUGACCAACUACAUCCCAAGAGAUUCAAAGUCAAUAGAGCCUGUUACACAUGUCGAGUAAAGAAGAUCAAGUGUAAAGCACGAAAGAUACCUUGUUCAUUCUCAUUAGACGGUUCAAUUGAUCUCGAUUUGGCCAAACCUAAUAGUCAAGAGAAUCCUGGAUAUAUAUCAUUACCUCCCACUCUCGGUAGCCCACAGGGUCCAAAAAUUUCCUUGGCUCAACAAAAAUAUUUAGAAAUGAGGAAUGAAAGCUUUUUAAAGACAAAUCAAUUGCUGGAAAUACUCGGUACGACAUGGCCUGGGGAAGGACGGGAAGGCUGGUAUGUUCCGGAUCGUUUCUGCCCGGUAACACAGCAUGAGACCGAAGAGCCCGGAUCAGAAAUAUUAUGGCAGACUAUUCGACAUCCUCUCAUCAAUCUUUAUUUUCGACAUUUCUAUGCAAUACUACCAAUUAUUCCCAAGCGCGAAUUUUACAACCAGCUAGAAAGCCAAGGGCAACUUAUUACAUCCUGUCUACUCUACAGUAUGUAUGCACACGGCGCACGAUUUUCUCACGAUUCGACUGUUGAUCCAGAAGAUUACUAUGACCAAGCAUGCCGAAUGCUUGACCAGAUUCUCGAUCGACCACAUAUAAGUACCAUCAUAUCUCUCUGCCUUUUGUCCCUUUUUGAACCAUCACGGCAAGGAAAGAAAGGAGACCCUGGCUGCAGAUCAUGGAUUUACAGUGGAAUGGCAUAUCGUAUGAGUCUUGAUCUUCGGCUACACAAGCGAACCUACUCACACGGUGAAGACGAACUUCGCAAACGAGUGUUCUGGGCAUGUUACUGUCUUGACAAACUUCAAAGUAUACACAGAAGCCAACCUUGGUCUCUUCUAGCAAAGGACAUCGAAAUUGACGUACCAAUGCUGCAGCCUGGAGAUGAUGCAGAUGAACAUGAGAUUAUUCAAGGAUUUGUAGCAUACAUUCAGCUUAUGAAGAUUGGAGAACGGGCACUAGAUCCCAACAUAACCGAAACUUCAAUUCUUCAGACAUACGAGAACGAACAAAAGGCACUUUUGUUCGACAAUGAAUUGCUGCACUGGCUACGAGCUCUUCCACUGCAUCUUCAAUGGACUCCAUUUCCCUCCCACGCUAAUGCCGUACCUACCCAGCCACCUCCCGAUUCAAUGGUUGCCCACUUGCAUCUUGUGUACAAUAUGAUAGAGUUGGCGGUACUGGCACCCUGCGGGUCAACAGCCACUGUAGUCCAGCAAAGAUGUACAGCCGUUGCAACCAACAUUACACAAUUAACAUGUUCCAUGGCAGAACAAACUCAUACAAUUCUUUCUAAUGCAUUUGCAGCUCACGCAAUUAUGGCGGCCAUCAGAGUUCACUUGCCCAAUUGUGGACAGAAUAAUCAGAGUUUUGCUCGUCAUGCACGAGUUAUGUUCCAAAGAUCCACAAGAAAUUUGCGACACCUUUUAAGCCACAUAAUUAUCCCUGAAAUCGAAUCAUUUGCCAUAUCUCUUCAACAAACACUAGCCUUGGCGGACAAGAAACACGCUCAAAGAGUUGCUGACAAAGAACGACGUACAUCCCAUCCAAUCAUUUACCCACCAUUUCCCAUAUCAAUCAAUACAAAAGACGUCAGAUCGAAUCCGGUAUCCAGGCAAACAGAUCUAAACGGACUUUAUAUGAAAAAUAUAGAACCCAAUACAACUCAAGUGCUACCGCGUAGCCUAGCCUCAUCUCCCUCUACUAUUGCCACUGCUACUGCUACUGAUGCCACUUCCGUGUCCUCUUUGUGGAAACAUGAUAUAAACCCUAUGCCAAAGAAUCCACUUGAUAUCCUUUCUGUUGAUCCAUGGUCAACCUCCACAUCGACCAAAUCUCCUCACGACACAGAUCCUAACACUACCCCAUUUCUGUACAGACAACCACCAGUAUACACACCCUUACUCGAUCUGCAGGCCAGACGUUCCACUCCAAAUACCACAAAGUCAAAUCCUCGAGAAUGGCAAACCACACCAGACACAACACAAGAAGACGCACUUUUGUACUCAUUAUGGUCUCAACCAGAAGAACAAACCCAAAAACCACUAUCACCAUCACGCAUUACUCAACAGCCAGCUUAUAUGAAUAUUGGAUUGGGAGUUUAUGCUUCUGCUCAUCAGCAUCAUACAGAUGUUAUUCGACAACAUGUGCCCGGAAUGGACUCUAAUACAGCCGUACGUCCGGUGAUCCUGACGCACCAAGGCCAAGUGAUUGUAUCCCGAACAAGCGAGGGACAAGCAUGA